AUGUCUUGGAUCCUAAGCUGGUUCUCCGAUAUUCUGAACUACUUGGGUAAGUGACUUUUCUUUUAUUUUUGUGUUUUUAGGUCGAUUUUUGGGAAAAAUGGAAUAAAUGAGGUGUGGAUGGGUAGUGUAAUAUAAAUUUAAUGAGUUUUGGUGGAAAAUAGUGUUGCUUGUUCUUUCUUUUGUAAAAAAUAGUUGCAGUAGUAUUUGAACUUGCUUUAGAAUUUAUAAACGUGCUAAACAACGAAUACGUUUACAUUUUUUGAUCAAAUAACUAAAAUGAGGUCUAGAUCUGCUGGUGAAAUAUGAAAAUUAAUGAGUUUUAAGUCAAAUCUUUAUGUAUCUAAACAACUUAUUAGGUUUAAAGGAUGUGUUAUGGUCUCUAUUGCAUUAUAGAAUUUAACAAUUACUUAAAAUUAAACUUUAAAAAUCUAAUUAUAUUGUUGUAGGUCUAACAAAAAAAUCCGGAAAGCUGGUCUUCCUGGGACUGGAUAAUGCUGGAAAAACAACCUUACUACACAUGUUAAAAGACGACAGAAUUGCUCAGCACGUUCCAACUUUACAUCCAAGUACGUUUUUUGUCAAAAAAAAUAUUUUUCGAAAAUUUUAAUCUUGCGCCGUGCAACUAAACCUUUUGAAGCUAGUUUUGCUGAUUUCAUGGCAAUUUGGUUCAGUUUGGUAAAUAAUAAUUAAAACUUAGCGUUUGUAAAAAACUCAUAUGGUCUGAGUCUUUGGAUUUGGUUGCACGAUGCAUUCACUGAAUUUAAAAUUUUUGCGUGCAAGGUGCUUUCAUUAAUCUUAAUCUUGUGUUUUUCAAUUUUAAUAUUGAUUUAAAGAUAUUUUUAAGGUUUUACAAGCCUUUUCUAAUCAUUUUCUUUUUAGCAUCAGAAGAAUUGAGCUUAGGAGGCAUUAAAUUUACCACGUUUGAUUUGGGUGGUCACGCACAAGGUAAGUAACAACAUUUUUAAUGGUUUUUCAUGUUUAGAAACAUUAAUUGGCUAAAAUUUUAAUGAAAAAGGGUUUGAUAGUUUAAAAAUUAAUGUUUGGUGUUUUUGUUUGUUCAGGUUUUAUUAUUAAGUCGAUUUUAAUGAGGAAGAAAGGAUGUUUAUAUAGGUGCAUAACUAUAUUAUUAUAUUAUGCUAGCUUUAAUUGGGUUUUAGUACGAGUUUUGAGUAAAAUACGCAAGUCGAAAAAAAUUUCGGAAAAUACACUUAAAAACGAUUUUUUUUAAAAAUUUAACUGGUCUUAUUACCUAAAAUAUUAGGUUGCUCAAAUAGUUCUUUCUCCUUUAAUCCCGGAAGUUGGCUUUGCGAGGGGCACUGAAUUAUUUGAACAACCUAAUAAUGUUUCAAUAAAAAAUGUUACUUUAGGUAACGGAUUUAAAAGUUUUUUCAAUUUUUGAAAACUUGAAAUUUGAACAUUUUUUUGUAUAAAAAAGGGGUUUUUACCUUUUUGUGAAAUUUUUUGAAUUUUAAAAUUUUGAAAAGAUCUGGGCGUACUUUAUGACAUUUUUGGGUUUUUCAAGCUUUACUUGACAUUUAAUGACAUUUUCCGUUUCAGCACGACGAGUAUGGAAGGACUAUUUCCCGGCGGUGGACGCCAUAGUAUUCCUAGUGGACGCGGCCGAUGGCGAACGAAUGAAUGAGUCGCGCGAAGAGCUGUUGUCCCUAAUCCAAGACGAACAGGUCGCCUCGGCCCCAGUUCUCAUUUUGGGUAACAAAAUCGACAAACCAAACGCCCUCUCCGAAGAGCACCUGAAACACUACCUGGGCAUCUCACAACAAACCACUGGCAAACAACAGAUCCCCCGCUCCGAGUUGGUCAGCCGACCAAUGGAAGUGUUCAUGUGCUCGGUGCUACGUCGCCAAGGCUACGGCGAAGGGUUCCGCUGGCUGAGUCAGUACCUGGACUAG